AAGUCUCCGCGGUGUCUUUAUUAAGGUAAAGCUGAGAUUCUGAGAAUGCGGCGAGCUGUAAAGAGGAUGUCGCCAUGUCUCCUGGGCUAGUUCCUCGGUGAAAGUCACGUACGAGGAAAUAAAGAAAAACGUACAUAUACACACCGUAAAGUGUUCGAGAGAGUCUCUAAUAAUCGGACGAUGAGGCUAAUUUAUUCACGUGAGAGAGAGAGGAUUGAGUGAUAUUUUUUUUAAUCUGACGUAAUCGAGUCAAUUGUAAAAGGCGGGGAUUCUUCGCGCAUGUUCGGAGGUUAUACAGACGCCUAACAAUUAUAAUUCAUCGGUAUCCACGAGACGCACUAUGAAGAAUUUCUACGGAGCGAGGGCGAACACGCGCAAAUGUCAACUAUCAGCUGUUCCGCCCGCGCCAGCUGUCAUCGUGCCGUUUGACGGAUCGUUGUCCGGUGGUAGAAUAAAGCAUAUGGAGAUUUUGACAGUCGCAUGUGCUAUGUAGCCAGGUAUAUUUGUAUAAUCGUACGCAUAUGAAGAGCGAACACGGCGUUAUGCGUGGCUACUCCGUUCCUUGCACGCAAAGGGUCUGCGAUUUUCGGAGAACGGAGGGAUACGUAGAGAUUCCAUAUUUUCGAGCAUUAUCGAACAGGGUACAAAAUUUCGUGACUAACGAUAGUCCGAAUAGGAUAGUCAAAGUUAGCGCGAACAGCUUCCUAGAACAGAUUUAUAGUUGAUGUAUAUAUGUAUAUGCGAUAUAUAUACAUUUAUAGUGAAAUUUAGAAUCUUUAUGUGCAUUUUGUCGUAACAUGUCACAAUUAAUAGUCAAUUGGGAAAAAUGUCAUGAGGAAAAUUACACGAUUGUAUAAUAAUGAAUAAUAUAUGCUAAUAUGAAAUCUAGUUAUUAGAUUGAUAGCGAGAUAAGUAGAAAGAGAAACAAUGUCAGUUCCUUCUUGUUCGACAAGUAAAGAGCUGGGUAAUAAUAUAAAUGCUAAGAAGGAAAUGAAGAAGUUCGAAAAAUGGGAACGUUUUAACAAUUGGGUGCAUUGUAUAUGUAUUGUUACUUUUGAUCUUGAAUUAGGUCAAGCUAUAGAGGCAAUUUAUCCAAGUCAUAUUAAAUUAUCGGAGCAAGAGAAAUCCAAUGUCUGUUAUUUAGCCUUCCCCGACUCUAAUUCUGGAUGCAUGGGAGACACUCAGUAUCAUGUAAGGAUAAGGCAAAGUGGCAAAGUAGUGCAGAAAACUAAUGCGCUCCAGGAAUACGAUAGGAAGGCACCUUCUUUUCUACAAACCGACAGAGAUUAUUACUGGGGAUACGUAUACUUUCGACAAGUGAAGGAUAAGUCUUUACCAAGAGGAUAUUUUCAAAAGAGUGUUGUUAUAAUUACGAAACUGCCGUUCGUUAAUUUGUUUGGUGAAUUGUGUGCUUUAAUCGCGCCGGAAUUUUUCGAGGCCGGAACUGCACUCAUGGAGGCUGUGGUACGUGAGAUCGAUCAGUGGCCACCUCCAGUUCCAGAUCAAACAGUUCAUUUACCCCUCAUUGGUGUGUUAUUCCAGACAUAUAUCCCAAACCAAAAUUGCAAAGCCACUGUUCCCUCGAUAGCUGCCAUGGAACAUGCGCCAAAUGUACACGCAACACGAAGACUGAUGCUGACAUCAGCCUAUGAAGGCGAUAUGUUUCGGAGUUUAGCCAGUGUUGUCAGUUAUGUACACUUGUUGUGGGAACUGGUGCUCCUCAGCGAGCCAAUCGUCGUGAUGGCCAGCUCGCCCACCACGUGCUCCGAGAUGGUUCAAGCGCUUAUAGCAAUGAUCGCACCCUUAAAAUACUGCGCCGAUCAUCGCCCAUACUUCACUAUUCAUGAUUCAGAGUUUAAGGAGUAUACCACGGAUUCUCCAACGCCGCCAGCUGUGAUCCUCGGUGUAACGAAUCCGUUUUUUGCCAAAACUUUGCAACACUGGCCGCAUAUCAUCCGGACAAGCAACGGCAGCAACAGCGAAGAUCAAAAAUACAAAAUCAAGAGAUCAGAGAAUCUGAAGGUAUUGGAUUCCAAGCCUGGCGUUUAUACUCAGUACAAGCCCUUUCUUCAGAAGGAUAAAACCAUUUUGAAGAAACUGUUCAGGGGUAUUCAGACUAAACGACCUGGUGAAGUGCAAACCGCGCUCUUGAAACGUCAUCUGAUAGAACUGACCGAGAGCUUUAUGAUCCCUCUCGAGAGGUACAUCGCGACCCUCAUGCCGCUGCAAAAGAACAUAUCACCUUUCAAGGCAACUCCUACACCGCAAAUGUUCAAUCCAGAUGACUUCCUAGCUAGCUUAAGUAGCUCCGGUCCCCAAUUAACUACAGGAAUUAAAGGAGACUGGGUAGGUCUCUAUAAACGAUUCUUUCGAUCACCUAACUUCUCUGGAUGGUUCCACACUAGAUAUACAGAGUUGAGUCAGCAGUUACAAGUUAAACAAUUGGAAAAAUUGUCGCAAGCAGACCUGAAAACGUGGGUGCAGGGAAAGCAGGAAGUGGAGGUGGUCGAUAUGAUUCUUAGGAUUCGCCAAAAAUUGGAGAGAAGCUGCAUCGACGAUGUACCAAUCGAUAAUUCGGUGAAGGAGAGAUUACGAGAAAGAAUAAAUGACAUUACGCAUGUAUUGCCAGAUGAUUUAAAGAUUAUUUUAAAACGCGAAUCUUGACAGUACGAUUACGUUAAUAUUAAGACUCGCUAACGUUACAUUAAAUUUUGCAUGUAAGCUGAGGGGUUGUAUUUAACGUCAACUCAGAAACGUAACACGUAAGAUAAUUUAAAUGUUCCCCAUUCUUCUAUUUAUUAUGAUGAACAAAUGAACAAGAAAGGCGUCAGUUAUUCAAAUAUUAUAGUUUGAAAAUUUAUACAAUGAAUUUUAUAUUUAUAAUAUAGAAGGUAUUAUCAUAAAC